AUGGAAUGGUACACAUCAUACAUAGGAUGUGAGACUUCUAAAGUGCCUUUAUCUGAUACCGCUCAGAGGAUUAUGACAGCUUUGCAGUCUAUUCCUGUAGGAGAAGUUCAGACUAGCAGAAAAAAUAACCAGAGUAUAGAGAAGACAAAGGAAAAUAAACUAGGUGAUAAGGAUGCACAUCUGAAAAAUGAAAAGGAGAUUCAUGAUUCCACAAUUGCCUUAUUAAAAACAUCUGCCAGCCCUGAAAAAAAUGCUGCUGGUCAGAUAGUCAGGACAGUACAUGCCGAUGAAAUGCUUUGCUGUCAAGAUACCAGAAUAGGGAGCUAUUACCAGGAUUUAGACUUGCCAACAUGGGGAUAUAGAGGAAGAAAUCAUUCAGUAGAAGCAAAAAACCUGAAGGAUGGUGAAAAGAAUAUAGCUAUUCCCCUUAAAAGAAAGCAAGAUGUGCCUACGUGUUGUUCAGAGAAAACAAGAAGAUUACCUGUAAAGAUCUACACUUCACAUGAAAGAAGAUACAACUGGACUUCUGAACAAACAGAGUCUUCUGAAAAGUAUCUUUGUGAUAUCAGGAGUUUGGGAUGUGAAGAAAAAAGAGAAUUGCUUGCAACUAUAGAACAGGCAGUGGCUUUUGUAACUACUAUGGUAUUUCAAGAUGGUUCUUCACAGCUCGACUCAGAGCAGGUGUUAACCUCAUCAGUAAAAGGAGUUGUUGUGUUAGUGAAGAAUCAGACUGACCACCCUUGCCCUCCCAGUUACUUUUCAACUGACUAUACUUGGAAUGCUGCUAAUGAAAAUGAUAAAUUAAUUUAUUUAAAAACUGAAGGGUCAUCUCUUUGGGAACAAGAACAACAGGCUCACAAGAAAUUUGCUUGGCAAGUGUUGUUUCAAAUGCUACAUUGCAAAGUUCCGAUUAUUUGCUUCAAUGCAAAAGAUUUCCUGAGGACUCUACUUCAAGUUUAUGGUAAUGAAAUUAGCUGGAAACAAGUUGCUGAUAGUGUCGUGUUAGAUCCAAGGAUUGCAGCAUGGCUGAUAAACCCCAGCGACACAGUUCCCUCUUUUGAAUGUUUAAUACAGAAGUAUUUUGAAAAGCCUUUUUCUAUGGCAACAGUAAAUACAGAUACAGGCACUUUGAGAAAUGCAUCAUAUCAAAAUCUAGGUGUGAACUUGGAGAAGCUUUAUAAUGUAAUGAUGGACCUUGCUCAUGACUUACAGGUUCAAGGUUUGUGGAAAUUAUUUUGCACGUUAGAGCUUCCACUUAUCAAAAUUCUGGCAGUGAUGGAAACACACAAAAUACGUGUGAACAAACAAGAACUGAAAAAAACAUCAGAGAUUCUGGGGUUGCGACUCAAAGAGCUUGAACAGGAAGCUCAUCAAGUUGCUGGAGAACGAUUCCUUUUGACCAGCAGUAGUCAACUCAGAGAGGUACUAUUUGAAAAGUUAAAACUGCAUACACUGUGUGAGAAAAUUCACAGAACUGAAGUACAACAACUUGUGUCCACAUCAGAAGUUGUGCUAAAUAAGUUGCAAGAUCUUCAUCCUUUGCCUAAGAUAAUUUUAGAAUACCGUCAG